AUGGACGGCAUCAGCAACGGUGGUGAGAACAACGCCGCCGCCCUGCCGCUCGGCGGCGGGGAAUCCCAGUUUAUGCUGGAUCUCCGCCGCAACCUCCCAUCUAAGCUGUACCGGGUUGGCUUCGCGACGAGCGCCACCGCAGUGGGUGGCUUGGUGGAGCAGCUCGUGGCGGCUGCCUCCUCCCGCUCCCGCCGGCAGGCAGAAGCGGACGUGCCUCUGUCUCAGCUCCCCCUGUUCCUCCUCCUGGUCAUCCUCUUUGGUGCCCUGGGCACCAUAUACACCGGGCGCCGGCUGGAGGUGGAACUUGCGCCAACUCCUCGCUGGCGCAAAGCCGGCGUCGCCAUCUACUUCUUGUGCUUCCUGCUGGCGAUCGCGGCGGCGAGCCUCGUGGGACCCGACAUCUGCGUGCUCGCGCUCAACUUCCUAGACAACUGA